GAGAAGAAAAGCCAGUUCUGGGGGAUGCAGGUCCAUGCAUUUGCAGGCUGGCAGGAGUCCUGUUAAGGCAGCUCUGCACAGUUGGGUAGCUGGUGUUCAAAACAGGGGAGCAGGAAUGGAAUAUAUUAAGGAACCCUGUAAAUCAGACCCACAGAGGAACAAUCAGCAGCACUGCAGACAAAUUCAGAACUGGUUGCCUCCAUUUCAUAAUGGAUGCAUCUGAAAUGGAAAGUUCAAGUCAGCACUGGGUAGAGAUGCUUUUUUCUCCUCAUUUUAGCCCGGAUGAUUUUUUAAAUCAGGCCCAUCAUCCCGAACCAUUGAUUUGUGAAAAUAUGAAUGUAGCAAGAGCGAGCAAAAGAAAAGAACUCUACAAUAUGGCAGUGACCACAUUUCAAGAAGAAAGCAGGUUCCAUAGCAAAGACUCUACUUCCAACUUUGUAAAAAAGCACGAGCCAAGCUUAGCUGAGGCAGAAAUAAACAAUUCAAAGGAGGAAGCAGGAGGAGAUUCUGCCUGCUGGGGAUCUGCUAAUUUAGAUGCUAGAUCUGAAAAAAACAGUGAGGAAACAGAAGGUCAUUGUAUCUGGAAUGCAAAGGAAUUUGCAGCUUUAAGAGAAGAGAUGCACAAGGAGCAUUCAGAAAGCAUCUUUUUAAAACUUCAGCUGUCCUUCCUAAAAACAGAGCUGGCAAAACUCAAAGAUAAAUGCAAAAAAUUAGUAGCAGAAUUUGACCAAACGAAACAAGAGUUGAGCAGUUGCAGAAGAGAGACUCUUUGCAAGACUGCCCAGUUAGAACAGAUUCAAAUACAUAGUUACAAAAAAGAUGCUAAGAUUGAAGCUUUACAGCAAGAACUGCAUGAGAAAUCAGCAAACCUCAGAAGUUUAAAUGCAGACUUGCAGCAAGGACGUGGAGAAAUUCUGCAUUUAAACCUUCAGAGGAAAGAUUUGCAACAAGAGUUAAAGAAGCUAAAAGAACAGCACCAUUUAGAAAAUAAGUUGUCUGCGGAAAAGGUGAAACUGCACUGUGAGGCAGAACUUAGAAAAAUACAAAGAGAGCUACAGGUUGCUAAAAGGGAACUGGAUGCAGAAAAAGCCACAAAUGCUCAGAAUGCUAAAGUUUUAGAAAUGCUUAAGAAACACUUUUUGGCCCAGCCAUCACCUGAUCCAGCUGAGACUCUGAGAAUUUGUUUUCUUUAACAGAAAUGCAAAAAAAAAUUUUUUUUUUAAAAAGAUGAAUGUGAGACCUCAAAUCUCGACUAAUCUUGCAGGGUUUUUGCUUUGUUUUCGUCUGGGAGGGACUUUUAAAAUGCACUCAUCUGUGAUGAUAAAACAGUGUCUCUUUUCUUCAAAGUCUUGUUUUUGUGGGGGAUUCAGAUUUGAUUCCAUCUCAGAGAACCCUUGUGAGUCUUAAAGCCACAGGCCUCUAUUGUGUCAUCUUUUUGCAAUACUAGCCAGCUUUUUUUUUCCACGGGAGAACAGCUUUACCAAAGAACACUAGUUCUUAUUGAGAGAAUGUCUGGGAUGCUGUCUGGGAUGCUGAGUUUCAAUGCACCAUUUUAUAUCCCUCACUGUUUAUUGUGUGGACUCACAAAAGGAGGAUAAACUAGUUUUUAACAUGCUGUUUUUGCCUGUAUAUUAAAUUAGUAAAAUUGAGAGUCCACCAGAUUAAAAUACUCUGUGAUAACAGUAAAUAAAAAUACAGCAACCAUCAUGA